ACACUUUUGGAAGCCGUCUUGCAAACGAGAUCUCGAAUAUGUCUGCGCCCGUUGACAGGGUUAGGUUCGAUGGUUCGGGUUGACUACGAAAAACCUUGACGCCUAGCUGGUUGAGAAGCUUUACUGUACACAAAACUGCAACAUUCUUCCAAACAUUGUUGUCUUACUCAGCGUGCCUGAUGUCCAAUAUCAUUCCAAAGAGAGAGAAAUGUGUUUACACUAGUUGCUACUGUGAGGAAAACAUAUGGAAGUUAUGUGAGCAUGUGAAACAUACACACCCAGAAGAGAUUGAUUGUUUUUACAUUGUUUUCAUUUCCAACAAGAACAAGACAAUACCAAUCUGGAUGCAAAGAGCAGCUGACAACCCAAAUGAUGCAGUGGUUUGGGAUUACCAUGUGAUAUUAGUACAGAAAUCCACUUCAUCCAGUUUUGUCUACGACCUUGACACACUUUUAUCUUUUCCUUGCCCAUUUGAUGAAUAUGCGGAAAAAGCUUUGGGACAAGAAAACAGAUUUCAGAAAAAAUAUAUCAGGUAUUUCAGAGUUAUCCCAGCAAAAAUAUUUUUAGAAACCUUUGCUUCUGAUAGAUCUCAUAUGUUCUCAGAUGGGGAGUGGAAAAUGCCACCACCUGAUUACCCUUGUAUAAAAACAGAAGAGUGUACAAAUAAUCUGGAUGACUUUAUAUCUAUGGAUCCUAGGAUUAAGCAUGGAGAGGUUUUCGUACUUAAGGAUUUUGUACACCAUUUUUCAUCCUUUCAUUCCUGACCAGGAAGUACCAGUAUUGUGGACAAAAGUAAGGGAUUGAUGAAGACUUGAAAUAUAUUUUGGACGUGGUACAGUUUGCUAAGGAAGAUCCUAGGCAUGUAUGCAGUAUGUUGUUCACCAAGGACAAAAAAUGUAUGAAGUAUGUCUGAACAUGUUAAGCUGCUGCCCUUAACAGAUGCAAUCAAGUUGUUGGAUAUAAUUAUUUGAUGACAAAAAUCAAGUGAGAAUAGGCAAGAAAAGCAAAAUGGUAAAAUUCCUAUCAGAAUCCAAUGAUUGUAACAGGGAAAGUGCAACUUUUCUUAAGUCUUUCACUUGCUCACAUACAGGGCUUGGAACAAACUGUUUGAUCAUUCUCAAACAGAACACUAUGCAGCUUCAACCUGCCUAUGGCAAGGAAUUAAUAAAUGGAGUUGUUAGGAGAUAUAUAAAGAAUGUAACAUAUUUAAUUUUACCACUGAGAGAGCAACCCACUUGGAUGUCAGAUAUUUUUAUUUAACAGAUUAAAGGUUUGAGGUUUGUUAUAUUUAAAUUGUAUCAUAUUGUUAAUAAUAAAAUGUAAACUCGUUUUAAUAAGAACUUUUUUAAAUUGAACAGACGACUCAAAUUUAUCAU